AUGAACCCCACAGUCACAUUCCUAUUUUCCAUUGGUCUGUGUCUGGAUGGUGUGAUUAGGGCACAGAUGGGCACUCUUAUCAGGCCUGCCCUAUCAGCUGUCCCAAGUCGUCUGGUCUACUAUGGAGGAAAUGUGACCCUCAGGUGCCAGGGCCAAGAGGGCAGUGAUAGAUUCCAGCUAUGGAAGGAUGGAGAGCUCAUAGAGGAAAGAAAUGCAACCUGGGACCUGGCACAGUUCAUGCUCAAGAAUGUGGAUGAAAUGAUUGAAGAAGGAAGCUACAGCUGCCGCUACAGGAGGGGGACCUCAUGGUCAGAGCCCAGUAAACCCCUGUUCCUGGUAUUGGAUGGACUUCUCCCUAAACCUGCUCUGUGGGCCCUACCUGGCCCAGUGGUGGCCCCAGGAACCAACGUCACUCUCUGGUGCUCAAGGCCCAAGCUGUCUUCUGUUAAAGAACGGACGUUCAUUCUGUGGAAGGAUGGAAUGUGGAAGCCCUUAGAGAAGCAGCUCUCAGCAGAGUCCCGGACUGGCUUCCUCCUCUCUUCUGUGAGCCCCAAAGAUACUGGGAACUACAGCUGUACGUACAGGGAACGGAGUGCUUCUACUAGAGGGUCAAAGACAAGCGAUGCCCUGGAGUUGCUGGUGCCGGAUGCAUUCCCCAAGGCUUCCCUCUCAGUCUGGCCUGGCCCAGAGGUGGCCUCAGGAACCAAUGUGACCCUCCUGUGUCACGGGCCCACUUGGAGUACUGGGUUUCUUCUCUACAAGGAGGGAGAUGACAAAAUACUGCAAGGCACAGAUAUCAUUCAAGAUGGAGCCCAAUUCUUCUUGACUCAUGUGACCCCCAAGCACUCUGGCAUUUACACAUGCACCUACCAGCCCAGCACCAAUGGCAGUCUCUGGACACAACACAGUGACCCUCUGGAGCUAAUUGUGAGAGUGUCCAGCAGGAUCCUUAUCAUCACCUUCAGCUUUAUCUCCAUCCUCCUCCUCUGUGUUGUCCUGUUGACAUUCCUCUGCCAUCCAACAAGCUCUAUGGGAGCCUUUCUGGGAGACAGCCCUAGGAGAUGCCUCUGCUGCUCUUGUCUUCCCCAGACAGUCUCCCCCUCUCAUCACCUUGAGGCCUCCAGAGAGGAAACCCUAUAUGCAGAAGUGGCCGAGAGAGCAAGGGAAAGAAUGAGGGAUAAAAGCUAUACUGAGCUAAAGCCCCAACUGAAAAACUUCAGUCAAAAGUGGGACAUCACUAGAUCUCAGUUGUGGGAGAUUAUCCCUCUCUGGGAUGAGAAACCCAAGAGUUUGGUGUCCCUUGACACAGUGCCCAGACCCACCUUCUGGGCUGUGCCAAGUCCUGUGGUUGCUCAGGGAGCAGAUGUGACCCUCCUCUGCCAAGGCCAGCUGGGGAGUGAGAGGUUCCAGCUAUGGAAGGACGGAGAGCUCAGAGAAGAGAGAAAUGUGUCCCAGCACCUGGCACAGUUCAUGUUCAGGAAUGUGGAUGUCCUGAGAGAUGCCAGAAGCUACAGCUGCCGCUAUGGGCAGGGAGCCUUGUGGUCAGAGUUUAGUGACCCCCUGGCCCUGGUGGUGACAGGACAACUCCCCAAGCCCACCCUGUGGGCCCAACCUGGCCUCGUGGUUGCUGCAGGGACCAAGAUCACUUUCUGGUGCUCAAGGCCCAAGUUGUCUUCCCUUGAAAAGGUGACCUUCACUCUUUGGAGGAACAGGACCCAGAAACCCUUACAGCAGCAGACCUCAGCAGACCCCUGGACAAGUUUCCUCUUCCCUUCAGUGAGACCCCAGGACACUGGGAGCUACAGUUGUACUUACAAAGAAACUGUACGUUCUGCUAGAGAUUCAGAGCCUAGUGAUGUCCUGGAGCUCCUGGUGUCAGAUGCACUCCCCAAGCCUUCCCUCUCUGCCCGGCCUGGCCCAGAGGUGGUUUCCGGGGCCAACGUGACCCUUUUGUGUCAAGGAGCUACCUGGAAGACCAGGUAUGUUCUGCACAAAGAGAGAGGCGAGGAAAUCUUGCCAAGCUUGGACAUCACUCAAGAGGGGGCCCAGUUCUUCCUGACUCAUGUGACCCCCAAGCAUUCUGGCAAUUACAGCUGUAGCUACAAGCUCAGCAUCAACGACAGCCUCUGGACAAAAUCCAGUGAUCCCCUAGAGCUCAUAGUGAGAGGUAAGAGGAGCACGUCCCGGUCACUUCCUCUCCAGCCACUACAAGGAAAUGCCACCAAGGCCUUGGCCCUGGUCAAGAGAGAAAGGAGAAGAGACAACAGAAACUUUGACUCUUGGCCACAAUUCCAGGGCCAAGAGGAGCAAGGGUGUAAGCUGGGACCGGAUUCCCUCCGCCAUAUGUGUGGCACCCAGUGA